UCAUCGAGUUGUCUAAUCCAUCGUGGAUUCCUUUAUUUCCUUUUGGAUAUUUUUAUUUUCAGUGGUUAAUUGCGUUUAAAAGUGUUAAUUUAUUUAUUGUAUUUUACAUUAAAUGGUUUUGUCAUUAAAUAUGGAACUAAUAUUUUAAAGACUAUGUGAAUAAACAAAGUGUAAAUCGGUCAGCUAUAUUGGUACGCGUUAAAUUAGAAUCAUGGAGGUAUCCCACUCCCUCACCCUGAACGAAACGGCGCUGCAGCAGUUGCCUGAUGACAAGAAGCCACAUUUCAUAUUUGAAUGGCUUCGAUUCCUUGACAAAGUUCUUGUGGCAGCUCAUAAGUCCGACAUCAAGAGCUGUCAACAAAAGCUGGUAGCACAACUAGUGAACCUCCUCCGAGAAAACCUAGGCUCUCCGGCCCGACGCCUGCUUGCUCGCUGUCUGGCCACACUGUUCUCUGUCGGAGACACCUUCUUACUGUUUGAUACUGUCAACAAAUGCAAUGAUAUCAUUAAAGUUAAAGAUGAUUCACCAUCAUACUUGCCAACAAGACUAGCUGCAAUAUGCUGCUUAGGAGGGAUGUACGAGAAACUGGGCCGAAUGAUGGGCCGUUCGUACGAAGAAACAGUGACCACCCUAGUCCGGUCUCUGAAGAGCGCCGAAUCGCAGACAAGACUGGAAAUUAUGAAUACUUUGGAGAAGAUAUGCGUCGGCAUGGGGCUAGCCGCGCCCGGGGCCCUGCGAGAGGUGUCUCGUGCUGCGCGCGCAGCGUUGCUGUCAGACCGCGCGCCCGCCGUUCGUGCUGCGGCGGCAAAUGCGUUGCGACAUAUGCUGCCUUUGAUGAAGCUGACCGCAGCAGACUUGGAUGCCAUAGCUGCGGCUUGUUUGAGAGCUGCGCAACCCACUGACUACACGUUGAGAUGUGCGGUAUCAGAAUUACUUGGCGCUCUAAUAGCGGCGACACAAGCGGGCGAAACCUCUAAUUUGAACAGCAAGAAAGGCGCACAAGCGGUGCAACAAAGCAAGAAGGACCCUCCAAAGAACGUAGUAUCGUUAGACGAAGCACUGAACCUGCUGAUGGGUGCUUUCCUAAGGGGCGGCACUUCUUUCCUGAAGGGAGAGCUCAUCAAGUCUGGCUCUGGUGUCAGUCGGGAGGUUCGCGUCUGCGUUACACAUGCGUACGUGAUAUUCGUGCAGAACAUGGGCGGCGUGUGGCUGGAGCGUAACCUGACCACUUUCCUCACUCAUGUCUUGGACUUAGUCGCCAACCCUAAAGCCGCCAGCUCCCACGUAGACGCUGUUUACUCUAGGAAAUGUAUAAACUACAUACUCCGCAACACCCUCGGCAAGAUGUUGGGCGAAAAAGCGCAGGCUUCGGCGUGUCGUGAGAUCAUUCAGGUCGUCAUCAAACAGAUGAACAGCAUCGACUUCAACCCAGAGAACGCUAAGGAUUGUAAUCAGGAGACACUGUUCAGCCAACAUUUGCUGGUGUGCGCUUUGAUGGAAGCGGGCGAACUAACACUGCAACUCGGCACUUCAGUCCAGAACCUCGUUUCCGAUACCUCGCUGAAUAUGAUCGACGCUAUAUUUGCGGUACUGGAGCACCCGUGCGUGGCGGCCCGUUUGGCGGGUGCGUGGUGCGUGCGAUGCAUAUGUGUGGCGCUGCCAUCGCAGAUUACACCGCUCCUUGACAAAUGCGUGGACGCGCUGGACGCGCCGCGUUCAUCGCCCACGCCGCAUCAUAUCUCUGGAUAUUCCGCAGCCCUAGCAGCAGUGCUGGGGUCAGUCCGUCUGUCUCCUCUUGGUGUGCCACACGGUCGAGGCAAAGUAGCCUUUAACGCGGCUGAACAGCUGCUAAGAUCGGCUGGCCAAAGUAGUCGGCUAACGGCUGCUCGGACUAAUGCUGGAUGGCUCAUUGUUGGAGCUAUUUGCACAUUAGGUGUGCCCGUGGUGCGCGGACUGCUACCAAGAAUGUUGCUGCUAUGGAGGAACAGUUUCCCCAGAUCCGCUAAAGAGAUGGAAUCGGAGAAAGCUCGGGGCGAUGCGUUCACCUGGCAGGUGACAUUAGAAGGACGCGCGGGAGCGUUGUCGGCGCUUCACAGCUUGCUGAUUCACUGUCCGUCGCUGGUCCACAACGAUGAUACUGCUAAACGAUUGACGCAGCCCAUAGAUGGAGCGAUCGCGGUGCUUACCAAUGUCGGCGGCGUGCUUCGCAACUACGGCGGUUCCCUGAAAGCGCCGGCGGCGCUGCUGAGACUGCGGCUGUACCAGGCGUGCGCGGCGCUGGGCCCGGGCGCGCAGCCCGCCGCGCCGCUGCUGCGCCUGCUGGCCGGCGAGCUGGCCGGCACGCCCGACCCCUCCUCCGCCAACCUCGCCACUGGUAUGCUGCGAAGCGCAAUGCAUCCCCACGAUACAAUUUUGUUGGGAGACGAGGGCUGGAUCUACGACACAGAUCAUGCUGAAAUUGAAGAGCAGCUGAUAUCGCCGCUCAGCGCUAGCGGCUCGGGAGCGCUAGAGCACGACCCGUGCUGCUUGUACCGCGGUGGGGCGGGCGCUCAACCCCUGGGAGUCGCCGUCAUCGACGCAUGUGUCGCACUCUUCCCGCACACAUUUGCUAGGGCUGCCAACAAACACAGGCAACAAAUGCUAGAACACUUCACGGAGUGCAUCAAGAUGUCUAAGGGCACGCGGCAGGAGGCCAUACAAGUGAACGUGUACACCGCGCUGCUCCUGGCUUUGAGGACUCUCGCCGAGCAGAAGAGCUCGCUCGGACAGGACGCCGUUAAGACGGCUGCUACGGAACUUAUUAUUUCGGGUCUAUCAUCGACCAGCAUUCCAGUACGCGCGGCGGCGGCGUCCUGCGCCGGCCGCCUCUGCGGCUGCGUCACCGAAGCCGAGAGCCAAGCGAUCAGCGAGCGAGUGCUAGCGCUGACUCGUUCUACCGUGCGAACUACUAGGGCCGCGGCUGCAGCGGCCGUGGGAGCCGUGCAGAGGGCGAGAGGAGGCAGUUCAGCGGCCGCGCUGCCGGCGUUGAGAGCGAUGGCGCAGGACGCUAGUGGACAAGAGGCUCAGGUCUGGGCUCUCCACGCUCUCUCCGUGCUAGCCGACGCAUCGGGACCCAUGUUCCGAAGCCACGUAGAGUCUACGCUCAAUGUGGCUUUGAAGUUGCUAUUCACUGCGCCGCCGUUCCAAGAAGACUUGCAUCGCAGCGUUGGCAGACUGCUGUCUGCGCUUAUCACUGUUGUUGGACCUGAGUUGCAAGGUAGUUCGACAGUAGGCCGCUUCCUAUGCGCCUGCGCGGCUCUAAGUGAGUGUGGCGGCGGCGGCGCCCGCGCCGAAGGCAUCGGCUGCCUGCAACAGCUGCAGAUGUUCUCUCCGCGUCACGUCAGCGCGCACAUGCUUGUGCCUUCGCUGGCUAGGGAUCUUUCAAGUUCGGAGCUGGCAGUGCGCCGCGCCGCGCUCUGCUGCCUUCGCCAGCUGUCGCAGAAGGAGGCCGCAGAGGUUUGUCGGUACGCGCUGCUCGCCAAGGAUCACGUGCCCGCUCGCCCAUAUUGUGGUGUGGUGAUUACUGAUACCGGUCUCCCCGGCGCCCUAUUCGCGUUCCUGGACACGGAGCGUGACGAGACGGCGCUGUCUUACGCACGCGACACGCUCACAUGCUGCCUGCUCGCCGCGGCCGCUGCGCGUGCGGUGCGCGAUUGGCUGGCGCUUGCCAAGCGUGUGCUCACCGUGCGACUAGAGGACAGUAACAACCCGGACACGGAUUUCGAUGUCGAGGGCGACGACGACCAAGUGGAGUUCCACGCCGACACGGACGAAUCCACGCACCCCGCGGUCCAGUCCAGGUGGCCCACUAGGGUCUUUGCAAUGGAAUGCAUCCAGAAAAUAAUGGGAGCGUGUGAAGCGACAGGCGACCCAGCGCACUUCGAUCUAGUCAAGGCCAAGGAAAAACAACUGACUGAUCCGGAAAGCGACUACCUAUCACUGCAUCUAUCAGACCUGGUGCGCAUGGCGUUCGUUGGAGCCACUGGCGAAGCGGACGCGCUGCGCCUGUGCGGGUUGGGAACCCUACAAAUGAUUGUGCGUCAGUUUGCGCGCGCGCCUGAGCCUGACUUCCCGGGACAUCUAUUGUUAGAGCAGUAUCAAGCUCAGGUUGGCGCGGCACUACGGCCCGCUUUCUCUGGCGACACGGCCUCUCACGUGACCGCUGCGGCUUGCGACGUUUGUUCUGCGUGGAUUGGCUGCGGCGUCGCUAGAGACAUCAACGACUUGAGGAGGGUGCACCAGUUACUCGUUUCGAGUUUGGACAAGCUGAACACAAAGGGCAACACUACACUCAUCUACAAUGAAAGUAUGGCUACGCUUGAAAAAUUAUCCAUCUUGAAGGCUUGGGCCGAAGUGUACAUAGUCGCAAUGGUAAGCAACGGCAGCGCGCCCGGCAGUUACAUCAAGCAGCUCGACAGCAAGCCGAUCAACAACCGCGCAGAAAUCGCAAAAUGGCGGAACCAGCUUCUACGAACCAAUAGCCAGGUGGAAGACGUGGCUCCGGAGAAUGAUGAUGAUUACGGCGACUUCGAGUCGAAGGGAGAGAGCUUGUUGAAGUUGGUUGAACCUGAGCUGGAGAGUUUGGGAGAGAACUGGAUCGCGGCGUUGAAGGAUCACGCGCUGUUGAGUUUACCGCCAGAGUUUGCAUCCCAACUCCCUCAUGGCGGAGGCGCGUUUUACUCGGCCGAGACGGCGGAGGCGUCCCGGGCGCAUUACGCACGCGCCUGGCCGUCGUUGCUCUACGCUGCAGCCUUGAGAUACAACGCUAACGUCGACAAACCUGUUCCUACUGCCGAUAAAUCUGAGAACACACUAGACAAUAGAGCGAAUAAGACUGAAAAUGGAAACUUCGAAUUCUUUGAACCCGUAGAUGAGAGAUUCCAUUUACUAUUUGGAAUAUGUAUGGAAGCACUGUGUGCUCAAAGGGACAUGACCAUUGACAAUACUAUCUCUGUCUUGCUCUCGAUAGUCACUCUUUUGGACGCGCCUGGUAACAGGGCGAGGCUGCUGAAGGACAGGGCUUUAGCAAUAGAGUUGUGUCAAAUAGUGCACCGCACGGGACUGACGUUAGAAAGCGUGGAAGCACUUCUCCUUGUUGCUGACGUGCUGAAGCUCAUCAUUACUGGCGCCCGGGAGCAGCUGCAGGCCAACAUGCAGGCUAAGAUCAAAGAAUUAGCACCAGACGAGCCAUCGAACAACAUCCCCUCGUCGGUCCUGGAAGUGGUCCACACGCUGGGCGAGGGCGGGCCCACGGGCGACCUGCCGCCCGGCAAGUCGCUGGUGUUCGCCGCGCUCGAGGUGUGCGUGUGCCUCGCCGUGCGCCGCCUGCCCGGCCUCAGCCCCAGGAAGCAGGAGGGCGCUGUGGGCGUCAUCGGCGUGCCGAGGGGGUUGGGCGUCCAUGGCGACGCUUUGCUAGUCAGCACGUUGGCUGCUAUGGGAGAGUUAACGUCGCUAACUAGCCCGCAAGGCGCGCUAUCGCUCCUCCCAACGAUCCUGUACCUCGCGCUCGGCGUCCUCGGCGAGUGCACGGACGCGACAUUGGCCGACGCAGCAGUGUUGCUGCUGCAGCAAGCGUGCGCCGCGCCCGCGCCGCGGGUGCUGCCGCACACGCGCGAGCAGCACGCGCGCCUGCUGCACUCCACGCUGGCCAAGCUGCUCGAGAAGGUCAAAAGCGACGAGGCCGGACAGCGCAUCGACCCAGUGAUCGGCGCGCGAGCUAUGGCGGUGCUGCUGAACCACUCGGAGCCGACGCCGCCGCUGCACUACCCGUGCAUCAACCACUUCCGCCAGUGCCUUGAGACUAGAGACAACGAGGUGUUCGCGCAGUGCUGCGGCGUGAUCCGCACGGUGUGGUCGCAGGCGUCGCCCGCCUGCGUGUCGUGGUGGGCGCGCGCGCUCGCCGCUCGCGUCGUGGCGCGCGCCGCCGCGGCUCGGAGACCCACUGACAUGACGCACACAAGGGCGGCCAUAGCGGCUGUCACUGCGCUGGAUGACCUGCUCAAUGCUGCUCCGGAACAUGCCCAGGGACCACAUCAAGGAAUCCAAUUGCUGUGGCUGGUCGUGCCCAUAGUGAUCUCGUACCUGCGCGAGGCGGGCGAGCUGUCGCGCGCGGUGCCGCACGCGCGCGCGCUGCACGACUUCGCGCUCUCCUGGCUCACGCGCCAGGGACCCAAGCACCCGCAGGAGUUCAAGACGAUGAUGUCGCAGUCGGGCGAGCUGCGCAGCAAGCUGGAGACGGCCGUGAAGGCCAGCCACGCCGGCGCGCGCCGUGCGCCCGCGCGCCCCGUGUUCGAGGCGCGCCCCGCCCGCCCCACCAUACAACUCAAGACAGACUUCAGUGACUUUAGAUAACUCGCCUCCAUCUAACGACUAUGAUAUUAUGUUCAUUUAAAUGGGCGACAUAUUGGAAGAGAUGUGAUCACUUGAUUUCGAAUGCGUAUCUAAAAUAACUUGUCAUAGGGCCCAUUACGUCACCUAAUAGGACAAGUAAAGCAGAGUCUAAAAGUAAACAAACGUAUCUUAACUGUUAGUAAAUUUCAGUGAGCGAUUAAAGAGAUACGGAUAUAAAUUGAAAAUGGAUGAAACAUUAUGGAAUUUAAUUUAUAGAUGAAAUUGGGACUUCGAAUGACGAAAGUAUUUAAAUUGAUCCGAAUAGUUAUGACAUAAUCGGUUAAUAGUAAGACGAGAGGACCAGUGGUGGUAAGUCAUCAAAUUGUAGCAGAAUGGAUUAAAUAAAAUAUUAAGCAUUACGCAAACUACUAAUAUUUAGAAAAAUAUAAAUGGAAAUCGCAAGUCAGGGUUUUUAGAUAAAAAAUAUCCGCUAUAUCCAGUGAUUUAGUAGUCAUGAAAUGCAAUAAUUCAUAAUGAGAUUAAUGAGUGAAAAUAUUGAAAUGUAUCAAAAGGAAUGUAAAAAAUAUUUAAAAAUUAUUAUGUAUGAUCUCUUCCUAAGUAUUUGUUAUUUUAUCGAACAUAAAAAAUAACUACUAUUAGGUUAUUUAAGCACAAUGUAGUUGUAUUGUAGAAUGUAGGUGCCACGAGAGCUGAGGGUAUACCUGAUAACAGGGCUAGACUGUUAGUGCCUAAUUGGUUCUAAAGAAAUAAUGAAUGGAUCUGGAUGUGGCAAUAAUAUCAUAAUUAAUUAUAAGUAAAAUAGAGGCUAGGACAAUAGUUAUUUGGCAUACUUUCCGUACAUUUUUGAUAAAAAAAAAGAACGAAAAUACCUGGGCUACAAGACAAUAUAAAUGGUUUAAGUAAACAUUCCAAACAGAUCAACCCAGCGUUAAAAAUGUAAUUAUUAAAUUACGACCGUAACUAUUAAAGAUUAGUUCCACACAGUAAAAUCUUCCUUAUUUAUAUCAAAUAGUUAUAUUCUGGUCUUUUCUCGCCCAACACAGAUGAUUCAUUCACAUCUUUCACUGUUGAUCAUCUGGGUGGGACAGAUUAAAAAACGUAUAAAUUAUACUUAAUCUAAAUGAUUGAUAUUUCGAAUCUAAAUACUGCUUAGUGUCAUAGAUAUAGCAAUUCUUAGAUUGAAAUAAAUGUCAUAUACAAAGAAAAAAAUGACCAAGGCCUCCAAGUGUCCGAUGCUGGAUUCGAACCAGC